CAAUGUACCAUGGCGUCACCCAGGUAACCGCAAAACAGUGGCAAAAUUGUGUCAAGGAAACUAUCAUGUCUCAAUAUUAUGUUAUGCUUUUUUUCUUUCCAAUUCCAAUCAUGAAACAAAAACAAACAUGAUACGACAAACAUAUUACAAUAAUGGGAUACGACAAACAACAGAGACUGCGGUAUCCAAUCAUUGUCAAUCCACGCGUCCCCCACUCAUCACACAACCAUUUUCCCCCUCAAUGCGCCAUUCCAUGCCAUCGCACACUUCUCUUCCCGUUUCCUCUACCAUGGUAUCUAUGGUCACUGACAUGGACUCACUGACACCAGCGCAGAAUAAAACGCCAACGCAACAGUUCACACAUACCACUUCAGGCGGCGUGACGUUAACCGAUCCUCCCUUGGAGAACCUUCCUCCUUUGCAAAACGGUUUGUCGUCCACAGUCAACCCUGCAGCGGCAAACCUUUCGGAUAUUGCCCGCAGACAGCCUACGCCAGGUUACCCCAGGGCGGCGGCAACAGACAUGGUUACACCACUACACUCCUACGAAUCACGCGACGAGUCCGACCAGAAAUCAUGUUCAUUGCGUGAGCCGUCUUUGCAAGCAUCACAUUCAGGUUUCUGUGGGGAUUUUGGCAUUGAACUGGAAGCGCUGAAACGUCAGAUUGAUGAAAUGCAGCAGGAACAUCAGAGGGAGCGUGAAACGUGGCAACGCCGGGAACACGAGCAGCAACUGAGGGAGCAAGCCAUGCAGGAACAAAUCAGUCGAACUCAAGACCAGCUCGAACGAGCCAUUGCUCAUCUUCAGGUGAACAAAAGCCAUGGAGCCCCCCCGCCUCCGGGGAUGCGCCCUUCCGACCCCGUGGAUCCUCAUCAUCGAAUGUAUCGGGAAACAAGAGGUUCACGUACCGAUCGAUCUCACGACCGCGGACACGGUCGAUCUCGUUCUUUCGAUGCCCCUUCUUCUCGUCGACGUCGUUCCAAAGCCUACGUAAAUGAAGCAGCAACAGACGUGGGCACGCAGCCAGAUGCAACAGAUCAUCAUCAGACUUCAUCUUUUCCUCGCUCAAUGCGGUCGUCCUUCCACGGGCACAUGCCGCCAGCAACCGAAAGCUAUUACCCAAUGCCACCUCCAGCUCCUUACUUGUCGUCGUCGUACGUUCCUGGCCGGUCCAAAUCAUCAGAAGAGACCCGCAAGGCACGUCAGCACAAAGGCAGGUCUCCUCAGAGUUUUCCUCGUCGUCGGACACGUGGACAGAUGUACAACCGUUCCGUCAAUGAUUACCAUUCGGCUGUCGAAGAUGCCUCGGAAGACGAUUUCUCAGAGCACAACGACGAAGCCGACGAAGCUCGGUUACUCUAUAAUCAAUACUAUCGCCAUCCUGCACGUUCGACCCAUCCUCCAUCAGCCUUUUAUCAGCAACGAUCGUCUUCCCCUCCAACUUAUUCACAGGAAAGACCGCACAGAAUGUAUCACGAGCCGUCUUUGCCUCCGGAACGGUUAUUCCGCGAUAAUGGGUCGUGGCGGAGCAUGCCUCCGGAGCUGGCGGCUUCUCUUGACUGGCCUAUGCAUUUCCCUCCGUCUCAUCUGUAUGGCCUACCCUUUGCUGUGGCCAUCAACGGAGCCGCAGUCAAUGGUGAUAUCCCUGAUGGUCCCAUCGAAAAUCCUGCGGAUCCUCGUUAUUGGAACUUGCCUCCACAAAGACAAACAUCCUCCCAAGCUCACGUUUCCAUUUAUUGAACAAAAGCAGUUGAAUUCCUAUCACCAACCCAUAUCUUGGACAUACCAAUCCUACCACUUUUCUGCACCAUUGUAUUGUUUUCAAUAUAUCAAGUUAUUUAUCGUCACUGUUAGAUCCUUUUUCU